CACCACUCGGAAACUGGUGGAUCUUGGACAUGACUGGAGUGCGAAGACUUUGCCUGGGUAGUCCAAUCACGUAUAUCUACUUCCAGAUGUUGAACAUUUGAUUCGUGGACAUUUAAUAAAGUACAAUGUGGAACUUUGACCCUGGUGGGAUGGAGGCAACUUCAAAUGACUUGCCCUUGAUGUCAAACAUUGAUGAUAUAAGGGUCAGGCAUUACCUUCUAAAUCUCAAGGUCAACUUCAAUGACAGGGUCUUCACUGGAUGUACAACUCUCUUCCUAGAACAGCCAGCUUCCUCUAAGAUGUGUACAUCAAGUCUGCAAAGACAAGAUGAUGACCUGUCUCAUUCAUAUUCAUCUUCUGAAGAUGUUGAUGAGAAAUUAUCUUCUGCAAAGGAUGCUAGGUCUACCAGGGGUCCUGCUUGUCAAGAACCUCUGGGAAGUUACAAUAUUUUAAGGACCAAAUCACGCUCUGUGUCUACAUGUAAUUUUGAAGAUAUUGGUGCAGGCUCUGUACAUGUAGAUUCUACAGAGGUAACUGGAUUUAUUUUGCCAACUUUGGGUCUUGACAAGAAUUUGACAGUUUCUAAUGAGGACUCUGAUGAAAUUGACCCUGCCAAUACAUGUACUAGCGUCAAUCCACAACUAAUGGAAAGCACAAAAAUAUUGAAGGACAGUGCAUCUUCAGAUAGUAAACCAUGCAAUGAUAGGCCAUGCAAGGUUCUUGAUUCUUUUACCAGUCUAAAUGAAGAAACUAGAUGUUCUUCUCCAUGUCUAAGGGGACAGGAUGCCAAACAAAUGAUCAACAUCAGUCCUGAACAAAGUUCAUCGCAUUUGUCUCAUUUUGAUGAUAAUGACUUUGUCUUGACACUUGAUUGUUGUGAUAUUGACAUUCAUGCAGUGGAAGAAAUAAUUAUAGAUGAAAAAAAGUUUGGACUAAAUCCUAUGAAUACAACGUCCUCAGAACAAUUGGUAGUUGAAACUCAGGACUUGCCUUUGGAAAAUGAAAGGGAAUUUUCUUCGGAUACUGGAAGGGAACCAGCUAAAAACUCAAAUGGAACUGCUGGGAAUUCCCUCACAGAAAAUUUGUGUUAUACUCCAAACGAAUACAGCGUCAGAAGAGAACGAUUUUUGACAUGUCAAUCAAUGCAGAGGAUUUCUCUUGAAUUUAAAGUGGAACCUUGGAGCCUCAAAAUUUGGAAAAGAGGGGUGAAGAAACCAGAUGACUUUCCUGCAGCUGUAUGUAUAACCUACAGAACCCGACCUUCUGGAAGGUCAUUAACUUGGGCUGUUGAUCAAGAUGGUAGGUCAUGUGUAUUUACCCAAGGAGCAUGGAUCAACAACCGAUCUCUUUUUCCAUGCCAGGAACCCCCUGGUGCUAUGGCAACCUGGCAAGCUAUCAUCCAUGCUCCAGAAGAUUGUAUGGUUAUCAUGAGCGGAGAUGAGGAAGGUUAUGUGUUACAGAAGAAACAAGGGAUGGUGUCCACUCUCCACUUUACAGAUAUGAUGCAACCCAGCUCUAUAGUUACUCUUGCCAUUGGAGAUUGGAGAUGUUACAAUGUACCAGUCCCACAAGAUGUAGAUGAAUGGAGAUCAAAGCAUUUGUUUUCACUAGAAGGAAGAAAAGUUGAAAAUGAAGGGAAGAUUCAUCAAGAAAGAUGCAAUCAUGACGAUUGGCCAUGUCGUAUAGGAUGUUACAACCAACCAAUUAUUCCAUCCCGUAUCAUAGCCCCACCCUUACUCUAUGAAGCUGCUGUAAAAGAGUUUGCCUCCUAUUUACCAAAGUGUCUGUAUGCUGUCUUCAGAAUCCUUGGACCACAUCCAUUUUCACGUCUUGAUCUGCUGAUCUUACCUCGCUGCUUUGCAAGUCUUGGAUUGGCUAGCCCAAGUCUGAUCUUCCUCUCUCAAACCCUGUUGUCUGGUGAUGGAAGCUUACUUCCUCGUCUCGCUCAUGAAAUCAGUCAUUCAUGGUUUGGUAUCCUGAUCGGAGCUCGUGAUUGGACAGAAGAGUGGUUGAGUGAAGGAUUUGCAACAUUCAUGGAGGACCCAAUUCAUGCACUCACAGAGAAUUGGUCAUGGAAUGAGUACAAGGACUACUCCAAUCUCAAGGCCCUCCUUAGGUACCAAGCAUUGAAAGGAGAGAUAGAGAACACAGAAUCAGAACUACAAAUCCUUAGACCUAUGACAGAUGGACCAGGAACUAGUCAGGGAAGUGAUGUUGGAUUUGUUAAGAAUGGUCUAAAUCCAGACAAGUGGUUUCUGCAGGUGCAUUAUUUGAAGGGAUAUUUUCUCUUACAUCACAUAACUAGGCAUCUGACCAUGGAGAAAACCCUCUGCUUCAUUAAUCAUUAUGUGAUGCGUUACCAUGGAAACUUGGUCCUGUCAAAAGACAUAUUCAGCCUCUUGUUUGAAGAGUACCCUGAGUUAAAACAUAGAGGCAUCACCAUGGAAACUAUCUAUUCAGAGUGGUUGGAUAAACCAGGAAUGCCAGAUGAGUUGGAUCCACAGAUUUACCAGCAUGACAAUACUCUGGUUUCUAAUGUACUCUCUGAGGUUGAAAGAUGGAAAUCUUAUAACAAGUUUCAUCAGAAAUCCAAGAAGACAAAAAAGAAGAAGAGAAGAAGAGUGAUGUCUCCUUUGUUUCAAAAUAAUCCUGCUUUAAAGCUUACUCCAGAUCAGCUGAUCCUCCUCUUAGAAGGAAUGUUAGAUGUGGAAACCAUGGCAAGAGAAACUCUGGUUGAUCUUGAUACAACCUACUGUCUCAAAGAUCAGAAUGCAGAGGUACGACAUCGUUGGUGUGAGCUAGUCAUCAAACACAAGCUUACUAAGUCAUAUCCUGAUGUCCGUCUCUUCUUGAAAGAAGAACAGGCAAUGGGUGUCUUUCUUUAUGGGGAGAUGAUGGCGUCAGAAGAUUUACUACAACAGGAGUUAGCAAGGGAGUGCUUUAAAUCUGUUGCCAUGGAGAUAGAUAGAGGAUGCUACAGAACAGUCCAUGAGAUGGUUUAUGGAAAGCCAGCAGAGAGAGAUGAUGGUUGAUUCACUUGGCACUGGAUUAAGACAGAUAGACACUGCUACAGAACAGUCCAUGAGAUGGUUUAUGGAAAGCCAGCAGAGAGAGACGAUGGUUGAUUCACUUGGCACUGGAUUAAGACAGAUAGACACCGCUACAGAACAGUCCAUGAGAUGGUUUAUGGAAAGCCAGCAGAGAGGGACGAUGGUUGAUUCACUUGGCACUGGAUUAAGACAGAUAGACACUGCUACAGAACAGUCCAUGAGAUGGUUUAUGGAAAGCCAGCAGAGAGAGACGAUGGUUGAUUCACUUGGCACUGGAUUAAGACAGAUAGACACCGCUACAGAACAGUCCAUGAGAUGGUUUAUGGAAAGCCAGCAGAGAGAGACGAUGGUUGAUUCACUUGGCAUUGGAUUGAGUGAAAUAGAUAAAAGUUGGAACAGGACAAGAAAGUCAGUAAAGAUAAAUUAUUGUAGAUUUCCAAGUUUGGAUGGUAUAGGAUAUGAUGAGAUGAAAAAAAAGUAAGAGAUUUGAAAGAAAAAUGAUCGCAUUCUCUUGGCACGAACCAGAGACAAAUAAACUGUGGAUUCUACAGGAAUGACCUUGACAAAAUUUGGAUAGAGUCAGCAAAGGCAGAUGAUUGAAGAUUUUCAUGGCAGUGGCCUGUUAUAGGCAGAUGCAUGUGUAGGUAAACAGUACUACAGGACUUUUCUUAAGAUGCUUAACCCUAUCUAGGCCCGGGGGGGGGGGGGGCUCGA